AUGUCUCCCAACCCGCUGCUCGUCCGCGACGAGACCGACUGCCUGCCGGGCACCACGUUCUACUCCUACGGAGUGCUCUGGAAGGUCCCCACGGAUUCAGACUCUCACGAGGCGACGCCGACUGAUGGCAAUGGCAAGUCGACUCCGUCACGGCCCACGCCAACGUCCAAGAAGUCCGCAACCAUGACGGACUCGGGCAUCACCCACACCAUCCCGAACAACUCCAUCAUCACCGUCACAAGGCACACAACCAUCACCACGGCCAGGCCAACAACGACCGCCUCGGACAGCAAUACGUCUGACAUUUCUCCAUCAACGACAGACGUGCCGCUCACGGGCACGAUAAUCUCGGCAACGUCCGAGAUCACGCCAGCAGCGCCCUCAUCCACCGAUGCUGAUACCGCCACAACAAGCCCUUCUGAGUCGUCGUCCACAGCAGCAGCAAGCCCUCUAUCAACAGGGGUCAUCGUCGGCAUCGCUAUUGGCGGCGCCGUCGCCGUCGCCAUCCUCGUCGUCCUGGCAUUCGCUCUACUGCGCCGCCGCCGCCGCAAGAAGCAGACCGGGUCCGACACCGCGUCCGCCAUCCAGCAGGACAGCGGCCGAGACGAAGUUGUCGAGGACAAGCACUUCCCUCAGACUGUAUCAGCUCACACCACCGGCACCCAAGCAAGCAGCGACCCCUUUGCCCCCUUUGGAGGCCGAGCUGAUCAGCCCGAAGACCCCUACCGGCCACCCAGCGGCGCCUUCGAAAUGGAUGGAACCAGCGCCGCCCCUGUUGAGCUACCCGCUGUGAGCGCCUCGAGCCCGGGCCCGAGCACUCACAAGGGAACCCGCCUUGAGCCCGUCCAGGAGGUCACCGCUGCGGACCCGCGUGCUAACCUCACGUCGGGGCCGGCAGGUGAUGGCAAGCCGGUGUAUGUCAACCACUGGAAUCAGUACAAGAACCUGGGAUGAGGCAUAG